ACGACAUGUCUGUGACACAAAGUGGGAGAUGACAAACCGUCACACAGUCUUUGAAACAUUUCUGAGACCUGGGAAGGUUUCAUGUUUACGGUUGUACUGUACUGACAGCAUUUAAAGGACUCUGCAUGUGUAGGUAGUAUCACAAUGGAAUUUUCUUGUGGAUUUGUUUAUGUGCCGCCAGCAGUGAGUCAGAAGAACGGCCAACAAUCCAAUGUCAUCAACCGCUCAGCUCUUCUCCCUCCUGUAAACCGGAUGCGUCCUCGCAGUCCUCCCCCUCCUCCUCCAACAAACUCUGCUGAAGCCAAAUCACCGAAACCCCUCCGACCUCUUCUAAAGGUUAUCGAGCAGUUGGAAAAGAUCAAGGAUGUGAAGAAGCCUGUGAAGUCUAUUGUUUUCUAUGAAAAUGAAGAAUUUCACAAUAAACCAGAAGCAUCUCCAACACCUCCUCGUAGAACAGCUCUUCUUCCACCACACAUGAAACCAUCAUCCACCAGACACUCCCCUCCGUACAGCCAGCCGUUCGACUCCUCCAGCACUAACAGUCAGGCAUUUACCUACGACCUCCCGAAAGAUGAGCCAGAUUCAAACUCAAGUCUCUGGGACCCAAACUACUCGUACACCACCCCUGAAGGCACGGGGGGCGAGGUGAAGCCGCCCACUGAUACUAACAACGGGUCAACCAAGGCACUAGUCCCACCACUUCCUCCGAGGCCUUCGUUCAUGAAGUCAAUGCCGUUGUACUUAGUGCUGCUACCCACCUCUCAAUCAUCUCCCUCAUCACCUCAGAAAACAGACUCGCCGCUUAUCCCAUCACCUAAAGCAGAUAAGAGUCCUCUUUCGGGAAAUCCUAACGUGCUUCUUGUCAGUUUAGGGAAAUUACUCUCUGAAGAAAGAGGGCAGAUCACACAAGGGGAACCCACCUCCUGCUCACAGUGUGGCUCUGUGCUGGACUCAGGCCAUAAAAACGUAAAGGACUGUUACUUCUGUGGGUCUUGGGAGCCACAUUCCCCUCUAACUGGUCACCGGGAUGGCCUGUUUUCUCUCUGUCCUGAUGAAAAGCCCCUGGGUGCCGCUGACCCUCUGCUGCUCCUUUGCAUCGACAUCUCAGGCUCCAUGAGCAUCACCGCCGAGGUGUCAGAGGGAGAGAAUGUGGUCCACAAAUCCCGUCUUCAAAUUGUCCAGGAGGCCGUAAUGCAGUGUGUUCAGAGACUGAGUGAACAGCAGCCUGGCAUGAGAGUGGGACUCAUCACCUUCAGCUAUCAGGUGACGAUGCAUGGAAACGAGAUUUUCACGUCACACUCUCUGAGCAAUGCAGAGUUGAUUGACAGCAACUUCCUGAAAGAGGCUGCAGCCAGUUUCCCCACGCCUCCUCCUCUCUCUCAGACCAGGGAAUACUUACAGAAACAAGUUAUGGGACUAUCUGAAGGCGGGACAACGGCUCUGGGUCCAGCUGCUCUCCUCUCCAUCGCAAUAGCCUCCAGACAGCCGGGGUCCAAGGUGAUUAUCUGUACAGAUGGGAAGGCCAACACAGAGCUGGGGAACCUGGAGGUCGAGGAUCUUGACGCUUGCACCCUCCUCUCAUCCACCAUCUUCUACCAGAAGCUGGGGCUCUACGCUGCCAAUCAGGGUGUGACCGUGUCUGUGCUGUCCAUCGAGGGAACAGACUGUCGGCUGGAUGAGCUGGGCCGACUGGCUGAUCGCACCGGAGGGACAGUGGUGAUAGCCAGCCCCAACAAGCUGCACUCAGAGUUCGAACACAUUAUCGAGAACAGGACGAUAGCUACACACUGCACCGUCACAUUACUGCUGCCACAAUCACUGCUCAUGAGAGGAGAGAGGGAGGCCGGACACAAAGUGACCCGAGAGGUGGGGAACGUGGAUCCAGACACAGAGAUCACCUUCCAGUUUGGAGCCAGCGAACAGAACACAGAGGUGUUGGCGCCGGCCUCUGGCAGCCAUGUUUCCAUCCAGCUGCAGAUCAGGUACCGUCAGAGGAGAGGACGGACGAUGCUCAGAGUGAUCACUGCAGACCGAGAGGUUACUGAUGACAGCUCGGCCGCCCUGUCCUCCCUCUCUCUGGCCAUCGUUCAGCUCAACUCGUCUCAGGCCAGCGCCGCUCUGGCUGUCAGAGGACGCUUCCUGGACGCCAGGAGGGAAGGAGAGCUGCAGAGGAAGCUGAUCGAGAGAGCCAUAGAGCACAAUAGCAGUGCAGAGGACCAUCAAACAUACCAAGAAUGGGUUAAAACCAUGGAGCCUAUAUACAACAACAUACAUAACUUCACAAGGAGAAAAUCUGUUGUUUCCGACACACAGUCUCUAACAGACGCUGGUGCAGCGCUUCUCUACGCCAUGAAGCACAGCAACAGGAAGUCCAUCUCGCAGAAGAAUGAACAUAAACUCUAGCCAACAGUCAGCCUCCACCUUUCCUCUAGCUGGAAGCAACUCAAGUCAUGAAUGGAAAGGAUUGCAGUUUGACUCUGACUGACUGAUCUGGCUGAAUGAAGAUCCCUGGAAUAUUUCACAAUAUAAAUAAUGUAAUACAGCGUAUCAACAUAAAACACGGUCAUAAAGAGACUCAUUUCUCAGAGUGAGACUUCAAAAGAUUUCUUUCAGCGUUACUUCAAAACUGCUGAUGGGUGUGAAUUAACCACCAACCAAAACACUGGAAAACCUGACUCAGAAACACGAUCAGCAGCUGACACUAUGUCAGCAAAAACACAGCACACAACUAAUAAACCUCCAACAGUUAGUGUAGAUUUAAUUAUGAGAAUGUAAUUGUAAUGAAUGUAGUUUUUGGCACCAGACUUGGCAAAGCAAAAGAACAUUUAAUCAUACAUUAUUGUUGUUUAAAUAUAUGCUCUGAAUAAGGUUAAGAAAAGGCAUCAAUGCAAAGAUAGAUAGUGAGCAUGUGUUUAUAUAAUUUAUAUAUUUCAAAUCAGAAAAAAACGGUCAAUAAAAAAGUGUUAGUGAGCAAUG